GCCUGGCUGGGUCCCUCCUGCUCUCGCCCGUCUCCUUUUCAUUUUUUUUUUUUUUUUUUUUUUUGGUACCAUAGAGUCGCUCUGAAAACAGAAGAUAGAGGGAGUCUCGGAGCUCGCCAUCUCCGCCGAUCUCUACAUUGGGAAAAAAAACAUGGAGUCAGCUCCGGCAGCCCCCGACCCCGCCGCCAGCGAGCCGGGCAGCAGCGGCUCGGAGGCGGCCGCUAGCUCCAGGGAGACCCCGCUGACCCAGGACGCGGGCCGCAAGAGCGAGGCGCCGGGCGCGGGUCGCAGGCAGAGCUACGCGAGCUCCAGCCGAGGGAUCUCAGUGACGAAGAAGACGCACACAUCUCAAAUUGAAAUUAUUCCAUGCAAGAUCUGUGGAGACAAAUCGUCAGGAAUCCAUUAUGGUGUCAUUACGUGUGAAGGCUGCAAGGGCUUUUUCAGGAGAAGUCAGCAGAGCAAUGCCACCUACUCCUGUCCCCGUCAGAAGAACUGUUUGAUCGACCGAACCAGCAGAAACCGCUGCCAGCACUGUCGACUGCAGAAAUGCCUUGCCGUGGGGAUGUCUCGUGACGCUGUCAAGUUUGGCCGGAUGUCCAAGAAGCAGAGAGACAGCUUAUAUGCCGAGGUGCAGAAACACCGGAUGCAGCAGCAACAGCGAGACCACCAGCAACAGCCUGGGGAGGCUGAGCCGCUGACGCCCACCUACAACAUCUCAGCCAAUGGGCUGACGGAACUGCACGAUGACCUCAGCACCUACAUGGAUGGGCACACCCCUGAGGGCAGCAAGGCCGACUCUGCCGUCAGCAGCUUCUACCUGGACAUCCAGCCCUCUCCGGACCAGUCGGGACUGGACAUCAAUGGGAUCAAACCUGAACCCAUAUGUGACUACACACCAGCAUCUGGCUUCUUCCCCUACUGCUCCUUUACCAACGGAGAGACUUCCCCAACCGUAUCCAUGGCAGAACUAGAACACCUUGCGCAGAACAUAUCCAAAUCCCACCUGGAAACCUGCCAGUACUUGCGGGAAGAACUCCAGCAGAUAACAUGGCAGACCUUCCUGCAGGAGGAAAUUGAGAACUACCAGAACAAGCAGAGAGAGGUGAUGUGGCAGCUGUGUGCCAUCAAGAUUACAGAAGCUAUCCAGUAUGUGGUGGAGUUUGCCAAACGCAUUGAUGGAUUUAUGGAGCUGUGUCAAAAUGAUCAAAUUGUGCUUCUAAAAGCAGGCUCUCUGGAGGUGGUGUUUAUCAGGAUGUGCCGUGCCUUUGACUCUCAGAACAAUACCGUGUACUUUGAUGGGAAGUAUGCCAGCCCUGAUGUCUUCAAAUCCUUAGGUUGUGAAGACUUCAUUAGCUUUGUGUUUGAAUUUGGAAAGAGUUUGUGUUCUAUGCACCUGACUGAAGAUGAAAUCGCAUUAUUUUCUGCAUUUGUACUGAUGUCAGCAGAUCGCUCCUGGCUGCAGGAAAAGGUAAAAAUAGAAAAACUGCAACAGAAAAUCCAGCUAGCCCUUCAACACGUUCUACAGAAGAACCACCGAGAAGAUGGAAUUCUGACAAAGCUAAUAUGCAAGGUGUCUACGUUAAGAGCCUUAUGUGGACGACAUACAGAAAAGCUAAUGGCAUUUAAAGCAAUAUAUCCAGACAUUGUGCGACUCCAUUUUCCUCCAUUAUACAAGGAAUUGUUCACUUCAGAAUUUGAGCCAGCAAUGCAAAUCGAUGGGUAAAUGUAGUACCUGAGCACUUCUAGAACAUCUGAAGUACAAACAUGAAAAAAAAAGGAAAUAAAACAAUGACAACGAAGACAAAAUUAACUGAGACACUUUCUAUGGCCCUGCACAGCCCUGGAGCGCCAACACACUGCACAGACAUCUUGUGGUGAUCGGGGUUCAGGCACAGAGGGAAAACAAUGAGAACCAAUAAAAGCUAAACUUGUUUUGCUCAUGCAUAUGAUUUCCACUAUGCCUACAGAUAUGGACCCUUUUCUGUCUCGACUUCUAGAGCGGUUGACCUCUGCAUAUAACAGGAGGAGGGUACUACAGUCAGAGGAGUCCCUUUUCUUAUAGCUCACUGCCCUCAGACUCUUACGGGUAACAACAGAGUCCAGCAGUAAUCGGUGACCCCGGUAUGCAUAGCGGGGGUUGCAGCAUUACUUUGCACAGCUUGCUUUUCUGUGUCAUGAAGGAAGAUUUUGUUUCUCCCACCGAUUAUUGCCGGUCAGCGGGAUGGCGUGAAAAGGGGAUCCAUAGCGCUCGCAACAAUAGCAUUAUAAUAUAUUACACAGGGUAAAUGGGCAUGAAGACUAUAUAUAGCUAAAGAGAUAUUGUUUAUAUAUUGUUUUAAUUAAUAUAAAAUGUAGUGACUGGCGUAGCUUUUCCUGUUGAAUUGAUAAGGCACUUUCCGUUUUGCACCUUUUGUUUUCUUUAAAUGCUAGCGUGUUCACUGUCGCCGUGUCGCAUGUACACCAGAAACACAAGUUUAGCUGAGAAGGCUUGGAAGGUACGUCGGGAGGUAUUUAUGCUGCUGUUUACAAAACAAAAAACAAAAAACAAAAAAAAAUUACUUUUAAAAGACUGGCUGGUCAUAUCCAGAAAUCAACAUGUUGAAUUUCUUUUCCCACCUGUAAAUUUGGAAUUAACAGAUUGCUCCCUAAAUCAUGCUUUGUUUUGCAUGCAAUUAAGAAUGGGUGUGUUGCCAGGCGGUGGUAGUGCAUGCCUUUAAUCCCAGCACUCGGAAGGUGGAGGCAGGUGGAUCUCUGUGAGUUGGAGACCAGCCUGGUCUACAAAAGCUAGUUCCAGGACAGGCUCCAAAACUACACAGAGAAACCCUGUCUUGGAAAAAAACAAAAACAAAAACAAAAAAAACAGAAUGGGUGUGUUUAUGCUUCAUACAGAGUUGAAGGAGUAUCUGGUGCUGUGGGCUUAAACCAUAUCUGCAUUCUUUCUUUUAAGUCUUUAAAUUGCCACCUUUGGGAAGUGAAGGAGGAGAGACUCUCAUUUGACAUAAUUCAGUAGUCAAAGGGAAACAGUAUCAACUUGGAAUUCUGAUGCUUAGAACAUAUUAGUAACCAGAAUGUUUAUUGGACUGUAGCUCUUACUUAGAAGCAUCCAAAGACUCUACGUGGAGCAAACACACUCCCCACAGUCAUUGAAUGUCUUAUGUUCUUGGCAUCAGGAGCCCUAAGAAUUCAUCUCAGAGAAAACCAAUCCUAGACUAGCUGUUCCAGAUUCUAGACAUGCUGCUGUCCAUAUUGGGUGGACAAGGGAUGAAGAGGGAGGAAGGCAGUGUUGAACCUGUUUCCCAUAUUUAAAAUAAGCCUUCAGAGCGAAGGUGAUCCCAGCUGCAAACAUUCUCUUCUGUAUUUAUCUUCACUAGAAAACUGUGGACUGUAAGUUAUUUUUUUAAAUAUUUAGAAGAUAGUUUGGCUUUUUGUUCAGGUAAGAAAUAUUGAGGUAUUUUUGAUUAAAUUUACAUUUAAAAAUAAUCCCCAAUGGGCAGAGGAAGGAACAUUCUCAUGUUUGCAGGUGUGCGUAUUUUAAAAGCAAAUGCCCUGAGGCUAGAGAGAUGAUGGCUUAGUGGUCAAGAGCGCUUAUUGUUCUCUCAGAGGACCAAAGCUUGGAACCCAGCAAUCGGAUCAGGCAACUGUUCCCUGUUGGCCUCUGUGGGCAUGGGCGUUAGCACACACACACACACACACACACACACACACAGUGAGAGAGACUGGACAUUUUUUUAAAAAAUCAAUAAAUCCUUUAAAACAAGUGCCCUUUUGAGAAAUUGGGAGGCAUUUGGAAGAUGAUUUUGGUCACAAGAUACUGGUCUGGCCUCAAAGACCGUAUCUGUAAAGAAAAGGGAACAUCUUCCACAGUACAAAGUGGGUACUUCUAUGAAACCCUGUACAUCCAAUGACCUCCUCUGCCACUAGGGUCCUUCUAGAAUCUUUUGCCAGCAUUUCUGUUCCUACUGAUGUCCAUAGGAUGGUUUACCAGGGCCAGCUUCCCAGAGCACUUCCCAAUUUUUAACUUCACUGACUUUCUGCCUUAUUUACUGAGGGACUUGGAAAGUAGGAAGGAAAUAUUUGUACAGAAAUGUAUGGGUGAAGCCUAAAUGACAUCUUUUUUUCCCCAGAAACACAGUAAGGGUUUUACCAUAAACAGGAGAGAGAUAUUUACUUAAAUUUCUUACAAGCAUAGAAAAUUUUAUGUGUUUAUAUAGAGAGGUUAGCUGUCAGCAUAUAGUAUUUAUAUUGGGCAAGAAGGGGUAAAUCAAAAUUUUAUUUAAGCAUAGUUCCUUUAAAGAUUAAUAGUAUUUAUAUUCUGAAAAGAGUACAGUUUUGUUAUUUAUUUGCCCUUUUUUUCUGUUGUUUCUCCUGUGUGAGGGAAUGGUGUGAGGUUUGGUUUUCUUUUUUUUUUUGCUUUCUUUUUUGGUUCAGAUUCACUAAAUUUGGGGAUGGUUUUGGUAAAGUAUAUUAACUUCUUUUUAACCAAAGCUUUCUGCAUAUGACCAGCCUCAGGUGCUAUCGCACUAAAGAGCAACUAAACCGAAUUCCAGUGUCCACCUGUGAAUAAGGCAAGCUGAUUGAACCUCUCUAAGGGUGAGAGAGAAGGUGACACUGAACUUCAGAGAAACUCAUUUUCCCAGAAAGGAUUCUGCGUGUACCUGAUGCAAAACAAACACAAGAUACUCCAGUCUCAGUACCAUGCCGUGGUGACAUUGCUUUUACAAUACAGCAGGGGAGAGUGGUGUGAUGCUGUUUCCAGGUGUUCCUGAAAGAAAAGCAGGAAGUAGGCUUUCAGAGCAAAAUCCUGUGACAUCAUAGGGACAGAGCCAUAGUGAUGGACGCGCUCUGAGAAACUGAGGGGACAACUGACUAUGAUUUGCACCUAAGUUGAGAGUCACAGGGAGUCCAGAACAGGAUGUAAAACCUUUGGCAUUUUUCUUUUAUUCCUUAUUGUGAGAACCACUUGUGUGGUGUGUCACAAGGUGGCCAGUGACACAGAAUCUCGAGGCUUAAUAGUUCAUUGCAUUAAAGUUGCCUGAACUUAAAGCCUCGACAUCUCCUGGGGACUGAACAGUAUUGCAUGCUCAGCUGCUAGAACACCGUCAGAUAACUUUUUUUAAAGAACGUAAAUGAGGUUUUUGCACAAAAUCUGAAUGUUGUUACUACGAUACUCAAAUGAUCCAACAUCAGGAAAAACUGGCCUUGGCCACCGUGAAAUCCGAAGUGCAGUUGAAAGCACUUUGUGGACAGAUCACAAAUUGUGCUAAGGCUAUGGAUUUUUUAAAAAGCAUUCAGCAUUCUAAUUUGUGUUAAAUUCAUAGAUAUUUUUUCCCAAAGUCUUUCACAUCCUGAUUCACCCUUCCUAACCUAAGGAAAACAUGACUUAAGACACUGCUUGUAAGUUUGGUUGUUCCUUAGCGAGUGGGUACCAGAUCUCUGUGAGUGGAUGGGGGUGGGCUGAGGGUCAGGGGAGGAAAGAGUGUGUCUGCCUGUGUGUGUGUGGCUUUCAUGUGUAUGAUAUGCGUGUGUUAGACUGCUUCUAGGCUACUAAGUGUCAAUGGAAAAGAAAAUGUAUUCAAAAUACAUAAAUCAAAACUAGAAGAUGGAAAAAAAGAUUUAUUCUAUACAAAGCCUUGUCUGGACCACUCUAGAGAGACUUCUAUUUUUUUAACCCUUCUAUAAAUAUUUGAUGGCACUAGAAAUAUUCCUGCAAUAAAAUGUGAUUUGUGUAAAGAAAAAAAAAGAUUUUGUAAUGUGAAACAAAGAAAGAAAGUAAUGUAAUUUUCUAAAAAAAAAAAUACAAACAAACAAACUUUGUAUUAUUUUCUUGAUGGAAUUUGCCUAUCUGUCUUUGGAAAACUUUUUAUUUCAUUGAAUGUGCCAUAGUAGAUGUACGUGUUUUUAGUUUUAGACUAAGGGAUGGCUGUUUGUGUUCCGACAUUCCAAAAUGCAAAGCAACUUAGAAGAAGCCUUGAUGAGGAGGUUUCAGUAGGAUGCAAGCGACUCUCCUUGUUGCUUUUUUGCACACGUCUUUAAUUCCUACCUAGUGCAAUAUCUGUACAUAGAGCACUUGCGGGUGUACUUUGAUCCCUCAGGGAAAAACACAUAUUUGUACAGUUGUUGGGUUUGUUUUGGAUUUUUGUUUGUUUUGGGGUUUAUUUUCCUUUUUGUUUUUUGGCUAAGGAAUGUCGAUCGAAUCACUUGUUAUUGUUGAGAGGCAGCCAGAUAAUCAGCCUAAAGCCACUGUUUCAAACACCGAUUGUUUGAGUCAUGUCUUUCCAGUACUAUUAUUUUCAAAUAACAAUUAUUAUUAAUAAUAAUAAUAAAAAGCUAUUUUCUGACAGUUCUUUGUGCUGACUGGUGGAAAAUGAAAGGGGAAAAAUAACGCACCUUAUGAUUGACUUACUGUGAAUGACAAUCCAUCUUGGUGUCAAGGACAGAGCCCUGUUAUCUGGAGUUGGGGCUGAGAGUCAGAAACACUGUGCUCAGGGAUCUUCUAAAACUCUUAAACAGGGUGGCCAGUGGACUGGGACAAAUUGUGUUCUUAGUAUUAAAAAGAAUGAUGAUAAUUCUAUCCCUCCAAGGCACAAGUGAACUGUAGAGAAGUGUGUAUAUAUGUGUGUGUCUGCCUGCCUGUCUGUGUGAACUCUUCACUGUCUCAUUUUGUUGAGUUCAAAAUUCCUGUGUUUCAAAGUACUUUGUAACUCCUGAGGCAGUGUGAAGUUCUGCCAGUGUGUAUGAAAGAUGAAUUCAGAAGUGAUAGACCAAUCAAGGAGCAAACUGUAGCCCAUUUGCUGUUUUCCUAAUAAUUAAAAAAAAUCAUGGAAAACAUAUUUCUUAAUUUUAAACAGUUUCAAUUUUUUUUUCUAGACAGGGUUUCUUUGUGUAGCUUUGGAGCCUGUCCUGGAACUCACUGUAGACCAGGCUGGCCUCAAACUCACAGAGAUCCGCCUGCCUCUGCCUCCUAGUGCUGGAAUUAAAGGUGUGUGCCACCACUGCCCAGCUACAGUUUCAAAUUCUAUGUUCUGAAUUAAGUUUUUUUAACCAGCAGUAAGACCUAUCAGUGAAAUGGGCAGCAACAGAGUCUUUCAGAGCUAGAAAACAAGUUGUUUGUUGUUGUUUUUCGCUGCAUUCUCCUCCAGGAGCAAACCAAACUCCUGUUAUGCAAAGCAACUCCUACGCCACAUCUCUAGCUUUUCUGGUUUGUAGGGUUAUUUCUUCGUUUUCUUGCAAGAGAUGACUUCUAAAGACGGAGGAGUCCCUUCACGACAGACCAUAUCUCCGUUCAGUUCUGAACCGUGGUUCUGUUCUCAUUCCCAUAUACCGCUUCCCAUAAAAGUCAGCUCACGGUAGCUAAUGAUUCUGAGUCUCCUGCCCCCUAAUACAUGCUUGGCAGAGUUACAUAGCUUCUUAUUGCUGUAAGAGAACUUGGUAUGGGGGAACCUGUCCCUGUCCAUCAUGUGACAAAACCUCCUCACACUUUGAGUGUAGGAGGAGACAGAAAUCUCCCUCCUCUCCUUUUCUCUCUCCAUCCAUAUAUACAUGUGAUAGACAUUUUUAGAUACCAUCACAGGGCUACCUCUUAUUCAUGAAGUUGUGUUACAAAACCCCACAAGGGCAGCCUUAUACUGUGGAUCAGUUAUGUGCCCAGAAAUGCAGCCACAACAAUCAAAUACUAAUCAACUGCUAUUUUCUGUCAUUAUGGUCUUCAUUCUGUUCUCUGAGCACUAAUGUAUGAAAUGUUUCCACCAGUUUUGAGAAUAGGGACUUCCCAUUGCUGUUAACUUUUAAUUGAUUGAGAAGGCCAACUACCAAUGUCUUCGAAGGUGAUUGGUUGCACUCCUGACUGUGUGUGCUUCCUGUGCCCGUGCAUGCAUGUGUGUGAUCAGCUUGUGACACUCUCAAAAUAUAUUUUUUUAAACAAGCAGGAAGGGUGCUUCAUACCAGGAAGGUGGCUUCAUACCAGGAAGCCACCAUGAAUGGGGGCAGAGCAUGUUCAACCACACACACACCCUCACAACUUAGAGCAAUAAACACUGUUCAGUCGCUUAUUUACUUGUAAAUGGGUGACAGAAUAUUUAAUCCAAAUAUAAACCACCUUUUCCCAGGGGUCUAGUGUGGAGAGUGGAGUUGAAUGUUUGGAAGAGAUGCCUAGAGAAUCUGUGUUCUCUGUUUACAUGCAGUGUGUUUUGUCCCAUAAGCUGUCCUAUGCUUUUUCUUUGAUCCUUCUAGAAGCUAAGGACAGACAACUUGCUGUUAGCUUUAUGUGCUAUGCAUGUCAUUAUGCUGUCCUCCUGGAACAACUGGCUUCUCUCUGGUGUUCAUGUAUGAUUCCUUUCUCAUUCAUUAGGAUUUGUGUGGAGGAGUCACUACUUCUAAGAAGAUGAUCACUGAACAUGUUGCAUACUUAAAUGCAGAAAUUUCUUGAGCAAUAUAGUGAAUAUGAUUUCACACACACACACACACACACACACACACACACACACACAUGAUCCAUAUGUACUGUACAAAUCUUCCUGAAUCCUCAAUUCUCUGCUUAUCCACAGUCGUUUGAAAUCUCAUCUACAACAGUGGUGAAUGUUUUAGACAGUAGGACAUUAGCUGGCUGCUUCUUUAAAUGUACCUGUAUUGUCUGCCUGCUCCUUUUGUGGAGAUGUGUUUUUGUAUUGGAUAUUUGGGCCAAUGGGAGGCUUCAAGCUACAACAUAUUUUCCCAGUUUAAAUAUAUUGAAUUUAUGACAAACCCCAGACAAGGCUUUUAAUCUGUAAAGAACUGCAGUGUUGGGUGGUUUAUUUACAAACCGUUUUCAAUGUUGUCCAUUUUUAUGGCACCUUUAACAAUAUACUUGUUUCCAAAGUACAAAAAAAUAAUAGGUUAAAUAAUCUAGCCAUAACUGAAUGUCAAGCAAUAAAACAAAUGACUUUUGUGCAUAGACUUUAAAAACUACAAAUUUUAGACAUCUGCAUGUAAAUGCAAUCUCUUGUUUACCGCUUUCUUCAACUCAAGCAACAGAGUCCAUAUUUACUAUUAACUUAAGAACUUGUAAUGGCCUGUACACAUUCUCUCCUACUCUUCUUUCAAAUUUACCUUCACCCCUGCUUUUGAGUCAUAAUAUUUAAUGUUGUUCUGCACACCUCUAUACAGUUAACUUUCUGGCUUUUGUUCUGUAUAGAUAAGAAGAUGUUAUAUUAUAAACAGCCUACUCAGUGCAAAUAUUUAUCUGUUUAUCAAAUCCACAAUAUGCUGUGUAAUACUGGUUUUACUAUAUAAUCUAUUUUAGACAUAGCUGUUUAGAACUAGAGUGUGCUAUUUUUGUGUUUUUCUGAUGUGUGGUGCUAGAUAAGUUACUUUUGUGAACAAAAAAAAUAUCCCUUUUAUUCCUAGACAAAACCACCUUUGGGUCUUGUUAAUUUCACUGAGUAUAACUAUAUAUUUGUAUAUAUAUACAUAUAUAAAUAUAUACAUAUAUCUACCUGUACCCAACUGGCAACUGUAUCAGAGUGCUGGAUUUGGGACAUGCUUUUCUCUUUAAAUACAUAAUAUCAUUAUAUAAAUUAUUCUAGAGUGUAUUUAAUUAGGAUAAAAUUACAUCCUUAAUAUGGAUAUUUGACAUCUAUUGGGUGAGUUUGUUCAUAAAUAUGGACAUGAAAAACUUUUACCAUUUAAGUGUGUUGCUCCGCUUUACAUAACAUCUCUUGAGCUGAAAAAGAAUUUGACAGGCCUUGACCCCAAGGCAACAAUCUCGUUUAAUGGAAAAAUUCUUUCUUGCCUUACUGAGGAACUCUGUAAUUGGCACCUAACUGAAAUAUACAUUAAUUCCUAGUAUAGAUAAUAUGUAGAAUAUUCAUGGAAGAUCAGUAGCACCGCCAGCCAUCCCCCUCUUGAGAUACGGACAUAUACAUUGGGCUUCACUCCAAAUUCAAAAAGGGAAUGAUACUUUGUUGUGGCUGCAACCAGUUCUGUGAACUGAGUGGAGGAUCUUUGUUAACUCUUGGACCUCUUUCCCCAAGACUGAUUGGCAUUGUUAAAGUUCUACAUCAAAUAUCUAGUUAAGGAUGUAAUUAGCCUUCUUAAAUAUUGAUUAGAAUUGUUCUGUAAUAUUACUGAAUUUGUAAGAUCUUUAGCAAAGAUUUUUGAGCAAUUUAUAAAUAUAGAGCAAAUGUUUCUGUUUACUGCACUUUUUGUAACUGAAGGUGAUAACUUCUCGAGUCACAAUUAGUGGAUCCCACGCAUCACAAUAUGAACUUAGCCACCAUUCUGGACAUUUUCCAUUUUUAUUGCUGUUCCCUUGGUUAUAAAUGUAAUCAGGUGGUUAAUGAAAGCUAAUGCUAAUAACUGAUCUUUUAAAUUGAAUUUGAUACAAUUUAGGGAGAUAUCUCUUUUAAUGCAAUCAUGCCAUUCCUUAACUGUCUAGCUUGAAGAGAGAUUGAAACAUUUUUUUGUUUGUUUGAUUGAUUGAUUGAAUGAUUGAUUUUUGCUCAGUUUAGUAUCCCAAGCUUCCCUAGGGUAGAAAUCUUAUCUCUUUCUACUUGCACAUGGCCAGUACAUGUCAGCAUUUGAUAACUUUAAGAUGACAAGAGUGCCCACAAUUAAAACACUCUCCACCCUGAGUGUUUUUUUGGCAAAAACUGAUUAAACAUGCAAAGUCAUACAGUUAACAAUCCUAUAACCAAGUCUACAGGUCAAAUUGUCCUUUUGGAGGACAUGAAAUGCUGAGUCUAAUUGUGUGUGGGUCUCCAGGAUCAAGCACACAAAUGUCACACAACUCUACAGGUAACAAGCCUGGCCUGCUGUAAGUAGUCACGAAAGGUUGGAAGCAGCGAUGCCGAACCUAUAAAUAAGAUGCUGUCUCUCUUGUGUACAGGAUGUAAAGCUUCUUUUUCUGUCACACUAGAAAUGCAAACCAUUUAUGGGAUUCCUAAAACCAUAGUGUGGACCUGAAACUUUGCUAAUGAUCUUUACUAGAGGCUCAUCCUACUUCUCACUGACAUUGGGUUUUCUUUUCAAUCCUCUCUCUACAGUAGUAGACUCCUUAGUCCCAGCUGUUUAUUUUAUUGAAUCCUGAAUUUAAAGAAAAAAUAUUUUGAUUCAUUUUGUAAAUACAAGCUGUAAAAAAGAGAGAUUUAAUGUUGUCUUUUAAAUACUCCAAUUUUCAUUCUAAUAUGGAUGUUGUUAUAUUGUACUUAGCAACUGUACCUUUAACAUUACAGUACCUUUAUUAAAAGUGCAUUGAACACAUCAAUUUUAGAUGUGCUUUGUGUGCUCUUAUCCUAUAAUAAAACUUCAGCUUCUAAUGGAA